AUGAGCUUCAGCAUGCUGCACAGCCGUGGCGGCGCGGCGGUGCCAGCCCUGGGGGAGCCCUGCGCCCGGCACAGGGCCGCCCCGGCGCCCCGCCCCAGCGUGCAGAAGCAGCUGCAGGGCCAGGCGCGGUGCAGGCUCGCCGGCAGCAGCACGCUGUACGUGGCGGGCCGCAACGGGCUGCAGUCGGCGGUGCAGCAGUCGGCGCGCGGCGGCAGCCGCCACGUGCAGGCCAGGGCGCCGCCGCGCAUGUGCGGCAUCAUCGGCGUGUUCAAGCACGAGGGGGAGGCGAAUGUGGAGAUUUAUGAGGGCCUGCUCAUGCUGCAGCACCGCGGCCAGGACUCGGCCGGCAUGGUUUCCACCGACUGGCGCAAGUUUUAUGAGUACAAGGCCAACGGUCUGGUGAAGGAUGUGUUCAGCCAGCAGAGCCGCCUGGACACGCUCAAGGGCUCUGUGGGCAUCGGCCACGUGCGGUAUCCCACCGCGGGCUCCGCCUCGGCCCAGGAGGCCCAGCCCUUCUUCGUCAACUCCCCGCUGGGCAUCUACAUGAUCCACAACGGCAACCUGACCAACUGCGACCAGCUGCGGCAGCUCCUCAACUCCUCCACCUCCUUCUUCAACCGCCACCUCCGCACCGACUCCGACUCCGAGGUGCUGCUCAACGUGCUUGCCGACGAGAUCCACCGCGCCCACCAGCGCUGCCUGCUGGAGGAUGAGUGCGACCCCAACAGGAAGAAGAUGGAUAUGGUGUUUGAGGCGGGGGAAGCCACCAUGAAGCUGCUCAAGGGCGCCUACUCCUGCAUCUCGCUCAUCAAGGGCGUGGGCCUGGUGGCCUUCCGGGACCCCAACGGCAUCAGGCCGCUGGUGCUGGGCAAGCGGCAGGGGCGGCGCGGCGAGGAGUGGUGCGUGGCGAGCGAGGACUGCGCCUUUGGACCCAUCGGCUUUGAGCGCGUGCGCGACGUGCGGCCCGGAGAGAUGAUCAUCAUCGACGAGGACGGCCGGCUGAUCAGCCGCCAGGUGGCAGAGUGCGAGUCGCUGACCCCCUGCAUCUUUGAGUACAUCUAUCUCGCCCGCCCGGACUCCAUCCUCAACUCCAUCCCCGUCUACAACUUCCAGCUGGGCCUGGGCACACGCCUGGCGCGCCGCAUCAAGGAGCGUGGCUGGGAGGUGGAUCUGGUGUGCCCCGUGCCAGACGGCUCUCGGCCUGCUGCCAUCCAGAUCAGCGCGGAGCUGGGCCUGCCGUACCGCGAGGGCUUGGUGAAGAACCGCUACGUGGGCCGCACCUUCAUCAUGCCUGACCAGCGCCUGCGCGAGGUGCGCCCGCUGUUGGGCAUGCUGGGCACGCUGGGCACGCUGCUGUGGCGCGAGUUUGUGGCGCACGGCCUGAGCGAGGAGGAGAUAUGCCGGGUGCUGGGCGCGGACGGCCUCAUCUACCAGGAUGUGGCAGACCUGCUGGACUGCGGGCGAGACCUCAACCCGGAGAUCGCCGACUUUGACGACUCCUGCUUCACGGGCAAGUAUGUGACUGGCGACAUCAACGAGGCGUACCUGCGCAACCUGGAGGAGCAGGGGCGGGGAAAGCGGCGCGGCGGCGCGCGGCCCGGCCGCAAGGCCAGCCUGAUCGGCGGCAACGGCGCCGGCGCCAAGAAGCAGCAGCCCGCCAGCGCAGGCACGGGCACCGACCGCCUGCCGGCCUCCACCUCGGCGUGA